AUGACUUCUCAUGACAUCCAAAAAGAUAUUGUGACUGCGUGUAAGAUUGAAACAGUUAAGGCUAUAAUAGAGGAUAUAAAUAGUGACUACUUUGCUUUAUUGGUUGAUGAAUCUAGAGAUUUGUCACGCAAAGAGCAAAUGACUAUUUGUCUAAGAUAUGUUGACAAAAGGGGGUUUGUGAUGGAGACAUUUAUUGAACUUAUUCAUAUUAAAGAUACUAGUGUUUUAUCUCUAAAGGAAGCAAUUGUAGAUCUACUUGCUCACCAUUCUUUGACUUUAUCUAAUGUACGUGAGCAAUGUUACGAUGGGACAAGCAAUAUGCAAGGUAGAGGGUUGAAUCAAGAACUUGGCCUUGUUAAAGCCGGUGAUACUCGUUGGGGAUCUCAUUACAAGUCAUUUGGAAACUUUAUUAGUAGUUUUGACUCUAUUGUCAAUGUACUUGAUACUCUUGUUGUAAAUGCAAGUACUUUGGAAGAAAGAGCAAGCGCAUCGGGAUUUCUCAGAAGUUGUCAAAUGUUUGAGACUAUUUUCUUGUUGCAUUUGAUGACUGAUCUUUUAGGAAUCACAAAUGAUCUUAAUGUUUCAUUACAGAAAAAGGAGCAAGAUAUUGCAAAUGCCAUGAUUCUUGUAAAGGUAGCAAAGAGAAGUUUUGACAUAAAGAAGAUAAUGAGAAUGGCAGAAUUAUAUACUGAUGACUUUGAUGAGUCCAACAUGAGAGCUCUUGAGAAUCAACUUGUUUACUACAUUAUUGAUGUUCGUGAUAUUGAUGAAAGGUUCUCCAAUUUGGGUGGACUUGGGGAACUUUCAAGAAAGUUGGCUGAGACAAAGAAGCAUUUAAACUAUUCUCUCGUAUUUCUUUUAGUGAAGUUUGCUUUGCUUCUACCUGUUGCCACUGCUACAAUUGAAAGAGCUUUUUCGGCAAUGAAUAUUAUCAAGAAUGACUUGCGAAAUCAAAUGGAUGAUGAAUUCUUAGAUGGUUGCACAGUGCCUUAUGUAGAGGAAAAAAUAUUUAAAGAUGCUUCUAAUGAGUGUAUUAUGAGAACAUUUCAAGAGAUGAAGUGUCAUUGCGUGCAAUUGUGA